AAAAAAAUUCCGUUCAUCUGCAGCGUGCAACAGCUCACAUGGGAGAUAUUUCCGGUGUCCCUUACAAAGGGCAAUUGGUCCAAUUAAAGGCUUUCGCCGACGGACAAGUUUUCGAUAAGAUCAACAGGUUGAGCACAGAUACGGAGGUUGUAUAAAAUCUGAGGAUAUUGCCGCCAUGGAGAAGCUUUAGAAGAAAGUUGUGUUCCUUUUUUUCUUUCUUUCUCCAUUGUUUUCAUAAACACACACUAUUCACAUUAUCACAGCAACAAUGGUUGACACCACUGGUUGGACCAUUGACGAAUGGGUUGAUUUCCAUCACAAGACGACACCAGACGUGUCACUUGAGAUUUUACAGACACUGGUGGCAUCGCAGAAGAUUGCACCGGAGGAUCCUGCCUGGAUAAGCGUGGCCUCCUCGGCGGAGAUUGAACACCAAUGGAAGAUUCUCCAAGCGAGAUCGAACAAGAACGAGCUCAAGCUGUACGGUGUGCCUGUGGCGGUAAAGGAUAACAUUGACGCCAAAGGAUUCGAGACCACGGCGGCUUGUCCAUCGUUUGCAUAUACUCCAGAGAGGGAUUCCACAGUGGUGAAGAACCUGAGAGAGGAAGGUGCCAUCAUCAUCGGUAAGACCAACUUGGACCAAUUUGCUACUGGGUUGGUUGGUGUCAGAUCUCCAUACGGCAGAGUACCAAAUCCAUUUAGUGCUAAGCACGUCUCUGGUGGUUCAAGUUCAGGCUCUGGAAGCGUUGUCGCUAGGGGUAUCGCCUGUCUUGCGUUGACAACAGAUACCGCUGGUUCCACACGUGUACCUGCCGCAUUAAACAAUUUAAUCUCUAUCAAACCUUCGGUGGGCGUGUUUUCAUGCUCCGGUGUCGUUCCAGCUUGUAAGUCAUUGGACUGUGUUGGUGUCUUCGCCUUGACAUUGGGUGAUGCUGAGACAGCCUUUGAUGUUAUGGCCAAGCCUGAUACAGACAACGAUGAAUACUCAAGACCACUACCACCAAACCCACUCCAGAGCUUCGGAUCGAAGCCAAAGAUUGCAGUUCCAACACACAUGCAAUGGUUUGGAGAGGAGGAGAACCCAAAGCUCUACAAGAAGGCUAUCGAGAACUUGGCUGCAACAGGCGCAGAGAUUGUCGCAUUGGACUUUACAGACUUGCUUGAUUUGGCAAAGUGUCUUUACGAAGGUGCCUGGGUUGGUGAGAGAUAUGCUGCCACCAAAGAGUUCCUUGAUACAAACCCACCAGAAGAGACAUUGGACAAGACAGUGAUCGGUAUCAUUAAAACAGCAACAAAAUUUGAUGCCGCUGACACUUUCAAGUUCGAGUAUAAGAGACAGGGAAUCCUUCAAAAGGUUCGCAAGUUGUUGAAGGACAUUGAUGUUUUGGCUGUUCCAACUUGUCCUUUGAACCCAACUAUGGAGGACUUGGAGAAGGAACCGGUCUUGGUUAACUCUCAACAAGGUACUUGGACAAACUUCGUCAACUUGGCUGAUAUGUGUGCAUUAGCACUUCCAGCUGGAUUCAGACCUGAUGGCUUGCCAAAUGGUAUCACUUUGAUCGGUAAAAAGUUUACUGAGUAUGCAUUGUUUGAAUUGGGUUCUCGUUACUUGAAGAAGGCCUUUCCUUCUGAGAGAACUAUGGGUGCUACUAAGAAGUUGGCUCUCCUUGGUGAUGAGAUCCAUCCUCCAAAACCAGAUUUGUCUCAGUCUAUCAAGUUGGCUGUUGUCGGUGCUCAUUUGAGUGGUAUGGCUCUUCACUGGCAAUUAGAGAAGGUCAAUGCGACUUUGCUCAAGGCCACAACCACUUCUGAGGAUUACAGAUUGUAUGCUUUGCCAAAGAAUGGUCCAAUUGCAAAACCAGGUCUCAGAAGAGUUUCAGAGGCUGGUUCUAAGAUCAUCGUUGAAGUCUACUCUGUUCCAUUAGAGAGAUUUGGUGAGUUCAUCGCUAUGGUUCCUCAACCUUUGGGAAUCGGAUCAGUUGAGCUCGAAGAUGGUGAAUGGGUGAAGUCCUUCAUCUGUGAGGAAUUUGGCUACACACAGAAGGGUACUAAGGAUAUCACGUCAUUUGGUGGCUGGAGAGCCUACAUCGAGUCAGCAAAGGCUACUGAAAGCAGUUCAAAGCCUUUCAAGUCCGUCCUUGUUGCUAACAGAGGUGAAAUCGCUGUGAGAAUCAUGAGAACUUUGAAGAAGUUGGGCAUUCAGUCCAUUGCUAUCUACUCUGAACCAGAUCAGUAUUCUCAACAUGUUUUAGAUGCUGACGUUGCUAUUCCUUUGAAUGGUACUUCUGCUGCUGAAACAUACAUUAACAUUGAGAAGGUUAUCAAGGCUGCUAAAGAUUCUAAAGCUGAAGCGAUCAUUCCAGGUUACGGAUUCUUAUCUGAAAAUGCUGAGUUUGCUGACAUUUGUGAGAAGGAAGGUAUUGUAUUUGUUGGUCCAACUGGUGAUUCUAUUAGAAAAUUGGGAUUGAAGCAUUCUGCCAGAGAUAUUGCUCAGAAGGCUAACGUUCCUCUUGUUCCAGGUUCCGGAUUGAUCUCUGAUAUCGACGAAGCCAUUGCCUUUGCCUCCAAGCUUGGAUUGUCCAACGACCCAGAAACUUCUGUCAAGGUUAUGCUGAAGUCUACUGCCGGUGGUGGUGGUAUUGGUCUUCAGAAGGUUGACUUGCUCGAUGACUUACCAAAGGCCUUUGAAACUGUCAAGCACCAAGGUCAAGCUUACUUUGGUGAUGCUGGUGUGUUCUUGGAGAGAUUUGUCGAGGAUGCUAGACACGUUGAAGUUCAAAUGUUUGGUGAUGGUUUUGGUAAUGCCAUUGCUGUUGGUGAACGUGACUGUUCUUUGCAACGUCGUAACCAGAAGAUCAUUGAAGAGACUCCUGCUCCUAACUUGCCAGAAUCGACGAGACAGGCUAUGAGAAAGGCUGCCGAGCAAUUGGGUGGAUCCAUGAACUACAAGUGUGCUGGUACCGUGGAGUUCAUCUACGAAGAGAAGAGAGACGAAUUCUUCUUCCUGGAAGUCAACGCUCGUCUGCAGGUUGAACAUCCUAUCACUGAAGCGGUCACUGGUCUCGAUUUGGUUGAGUGGAUGUUGAAGAUUGCUGCUAACCAGGCACCAGACUUCAAGUCUCAAACCAUCGAAGUCACUGGUGCAUCCAUGGAAGCCAGACUUUACGCGGAGAAUCCUGUCAAAGGCUUCAAGCCAUCUCCAGGUCAAUUGACUGAUGUUACUUUCCCAGAGUGGGCUAGAGUGGACACAUGGGUUGAAAAGGGUACUGUUGUCUCUGCCGAGUAUGAUCCAACUUUGGCCAAGAUCAUCGUUCAUGGAAAGGAUCGUGCAGAAGCAUUGAAGCUGCUUCAAAAGGCGUUGGAUGAAACUGUUGUCUAUGGUGUCAUCACCAAUUUGGAUUACCUGAGAUCUGUUGCAAACUCUGAGAUGUUUGAAGCUGCUAAGAUGCACACCAAGAUUUUGGAUUCUUACGAUUACCAAGCCAAUGCUUUUGAAAUCUUGACUCCAGGUGCUUACACUACUGUUCAAGAUUACCCAGGUAGAACGGGUUAUUGGAGAAUCGGUGUUCCUCCUUCUGGACCAAUGGAUUCGUUGUCUUUCAGAUUGGCCAACAGAAUUGUUGGUAACGCUAACACUGCGCCUGCUAUUGAAGUGACUUUGAAUGGCCCAUCAAUGUUGUUCCAUGCUGACGCUGUAGUUGCUGUCACUGGUGGUGAAGUCGAAGUCAAGGUGAAUGAUACAGUUGUAAACCAAUGGGAGCCAGUUGUGGUCAAGAGAGGAGAGAAGUUGUCCAUUGGUAAGUUGACCAAGGGUUGCAGAGCUUAUCUUGCUAUCAGAGGUGGUGUGGACGUUUCUGAAUAUCUAGGCUCCAGAUCCACCUUUGCACUCGGUAAUAUGGGUGGUUACAAUGGUAGGGUUUUGAAGGUUGGUGAUGUCCUCUUCUUGGGUCAAACAUACCUACCAUCCAACACCUUACCAGCACCUAUUUCUGAACCAACUGCUUUGCCAAAGGACUUGAUUCCAACUCUUGAGAGUAAGGAAUGGACUGUUGGUGUCACUUGUGGUCCUCAUGGUUCUCCAGACUUCUUUAAGCAAGAAGCUGUUGAGGAGUUCUUCUCCGCCAAAUGGAAGGUUCAUUACAACUCCAACAGAUUCGGUGUAAGAUUGAUUGGUCCAAAACCAAAGUGGGCCAGAUUGGAUGGUGGUGAAGCUGGUCUGCAUCCUUCUAACCAGCACGAUUAUGUCUAUUCUCUUGGUGCUAUCAACUUCACUGGUGAUGAGCCUGUCAUUCUGACAUGUGAUGGGCCUUCUCUUGGUGGUUUCGUUUGUGAGGCUGUUGUUGCUGAUGCUGAAAUGUGGAAGAUUGGUCAAGUCAAGCCAGGUGAUCUCAUCCAGUUUGUUCCAAUCUCAUACCAAACAGCUAGAGAUUUGAAGAUUAAACAAGACUCUACAAUUGAGACCUUCAAGGGUAGAUAUCCAACAGCUGUUUCUGCUGAGUUGAUUUUGGCCAAGCCAGAGAACCCAGUUCUAGCUACAGUGAAACCACACGAGCAAUCCCCUGUUGUUACUUAUAGACAAGCUGGUGACCGUUAUAUUCUUGUUGAGUAUGGUGAAUUGAAGAUGGACUUGAACUACUCCUACAGAAUUAAUCGCUUGACCAACUUGGUUGAGAACCACCAGACUGUUGGAAUUGUUGAAAUGUCUCAAGGUGUCAGAUCUGUUUUGAUCGAGUUUGAUGGUUAUAAGAUCUCCCAGAAAGAUCUCUUGGAAACAUUGAUUGCAUAUGAGCGUGAGAUCCUCUUUGAAAACAAAUGGAAAGUUAAGUCUAAAAUCUUUAAGCUGCCAAUGGCAUUUGAAGACAAGAAGACUCUUGCUUGUGUAACCCGUUACCAAGAGACCAUUCGCUCUGAGGCUCCAUGGUUGCCAAACAACGUUGACUUCAUUGCUAACGUCAAUGAUAUCACCCGUGAGGAUGUUAGGGACAUGUUGUACAGUGCCAAAUACCUUGUCUUGGGUCUUGGUGAUGUCUUUUUGGGUGCACCAUGUGCCGUUCCAUUAGAUCCACGUCAUAGAUUAAUGGGUACCAAGUACAAUCCAUCAAGAACAUACACUGCCAAUGGUGUUGUCGGUAUUGGUGGUAUGUACAUGUGUAUCUAUGCCAUGGACUCUCCAGGUGGUUAUCAAUUGGUUGGUCGUACCAUUCCAAUUUGGGAUAAGCUGAAACUGGGGGCUCACUCCACUGAACAUCCAUGGUUGUUGACUCCAUUCGAUCAAGUUGAAUUCUAUCCUGUUUCAGAGGAGGAACUUGACAAGUUCACUGAAGAUGCUAACCACGGUCAAUUCAAGGUUGAAAUUCAAGAGUCCGUCUUUGACCAUGAAGAAUACUUGAGAUGGAUCCAAAAGAACGCCGAAUCUAUUAAGGAGUUUGAGUCCAAGCAAAACGGCGAGAAGGCUGCCGAGUUUGCCCAGUUGAUCCAAGUUGCCAAUGCUGACUUGGAAAAGUCUGGUGGUGUUAAAGCUGUGGAGGAGGAGAAAUUCCCAGAGGACGCUGAGCUUGUUUAUUCCGAGAACAGUGGUAGAUUCUGGAAGCCAUUGGCUAAAGCUGGUGACGAAGUUGAAGCUGGACAAGGUUUGAUUGUCAUUGAAGCCAUGAAGACCGAGAUGACUGUUUCAGCUCCAAAGAAGGGUAAAGUUUUGAAAAUUAUACACCAAAAUGGUGAUAUGGUUGAUGCUGGUGAUCUAGUUGCUGUGAUCCAAUGAAUUUACCAUAACACUUUGUAUAUUACGAUGAAAUGAAGUUUAAAAAUUGUUA